UUAUUGAAUGUCUCCAGUUUGUGCUCCCCGCCGGCCCUCGAGCCACGGUUGAACACAGAUUUAAAAAAAACAGACAGAGAGCGAACGAGUGGGUCCACAGUCCGUGUGAUCGCGUCCACUAUCGUGUCCGUCCGUGGGCGCUGUAACUUUUCUGGUGACUAUGGAGGCCUUGGAUCAACGACUCAACACCUUCUUGGAAUCAUGGUUGGGUCCCAGAGACCAGAGGGUCCGGGGUUGGCUGCUGCUCGACAACUACUCGCCGACUCUCGCCCUCACCCUUGUGUACCUGGUGGUGGUGUGGACGGGGCCCAAAUACAUGAGACACAGGCGGGCGUUGUCGUGCAAAGGCCUCCUCGUAGUCUACAACAUGAGCCUUAUGCUCCUGUCGCUCUGCAUCUUCUACCAGCUCGUGUCUGCUCUGUGGAACAGCAGCUAUGACUUGUACUGCCAGGACACAAACAGUGCACCGGAAGUGGAUAAUAAGGCGAGUCAGUAAUACUGUACUUGCAAUGUGCCAGUUCUCCGUGUGUCCCCCACCCCCUUCCCCCUCAUUCUUAAUGACACCAACAGUUACAUGAUCUGGUGAGGGAGCGCCACCAAAAUCUUUUGGGGGAAAAAUGGGUCUCUAUAAGUGAGUCAAGUCAAACCAUCGGCAUGAGUGACAAUCAAGUACCUACAAAUUUAAACCGAUGUCAAUAUCUCGGUAUUGUUUUCAGCAAUUCAGCAAUUUUGUGACUCACCUAAACAUCCCGGCACUAACAACAUGCUGAUUUGCGUUUCUCCGCAGGUCAUGAAUGUGCUGUGGUGGUACUACUUCUCCAAGUUCAUUGAGUUGAUGGACACCGUCUUCUUCAUUCUGCGAAAGAACAAUCACCAGCUCACCUUUCUUCACGUCUAUCACCACAUCAGCAUGCUCAACAUCUGGUGGUUUGUCCUCAACUGGCUCCCCUGUGGUCACUCCUACUUCGGGCCUACCCUCAACAGUUUCGUCCAUGUGGUCAUGUACUCGUACUACGGCCUGUCCGCCAUCCCCGCCAUGCGGCCAUACCUCUGGUGGAAAAAGUACAUCACGCAGCUCCAGCUGAUCCAGUUCUUCUUAACAGUGUUGCAGACCUUGGGUGCCAUCAUCUGGCCGUGUGGUGUGCCCAUCGGUUGGCUCUACUUCCAAAUCAUUUACAUGAGCACCCUUACCGUCUUCUUUUCCAACUUCUACAUUCAGACAUACAAGACGGACAAGAGGGGGGAACUAAUAAACAGCGCUUCCCUGUCUACCAACGGACACUCGAAAAGGAACGCCACGCUCAAAACAAAGAUGAACUGAGGCUGGAUGAACACUGGCGACUCUCGGCCUUGCCCCUAUUGACACUGAUAGUUUGUCGGCCAAUGCCGCUAAGUCAAGUCGGCCAAGGUCUACAACCUUCCUUGUAUUUGCUUGUUGAAUUUAAACUGACCAACUCGGCAGGCAGACUUUCCAUGCAUAUUGUGAAUGUGCUGUAAAUUUGAAGCACACAGCGUUUCGGAGCGUCCUUGACAUGUAACCAGAGAGCGCUUCUUGCUUCCUGCCUGUGCUGUUGCAUAAUCUCUAAACACUGUACUCGAUGUCCUUUGUAGAGCCAUGACAGCGCAAGAUGCUUCUCAUCAAAUAGUUACACAGUAGACGCACUGAUAUGAAACAUUAACCAAAUCCCCAAGCACUCAUUUUUAAUGGGUUAUUCAGCAAAAAGGGGGCUGUAUUUAUUAUGAGCACGAUCACACUGCAUACACCACUUUGUAGACUUUUUUUUUUU